UUAAUGUUAGACAACAGAACACAAAUGUGGUAUAGUUUUCUGUUUUUUAUCGGCUCAGGAUUAAAUUAAAUUCAGUUUGUAGUGAGUUUCAUUGGCAAGACAAUGUACAAAGCUCCGUUGGCCCGUGAUAUUUUAGAUAAUCCACUUUUGGUAGCUCCGCUACCAUACAUUAACUUUCUACGUUACUUUAAGCGCAGGCAUCCCAAAUAUGGAGUCCGUCGGCUGCUACAGGAGGCGCCCGCCCAAUGGGAUGCUAUGACACAAGGACAAAAGAAUCUAUUUCAGAGAAAGCGCAUUCUGGCGAGGGUGGCACGUUCCCCACAAGUGCAACUCUGUCGCGUCCUGCAUUACCGUCAAUGCAAGCGUCGCUAUCGAAGGAAGACUAAGUAA